AUGGAGAACGACGCCCGCCUCCUCGAGUUUAUGGAGGUGACGUCGUGCUACGACGUCACCCUCGCCGCCCGGCAGCUCGCCUCCUGCGGCUGGCACCUCGACCGUGCCGUCGAUCUCUUCUACGCCGGAGUCGUCGAAGGCGGAGGACGACCGUCGUCGUGGUCCGCGCGACACGACGGCGAGGAGUCGACGUCGUCGGCGUCCGCGUCCACGUCGGUGCGCGCUCCGAUCUCCGCUCGCUCCGACACCCUCUACGGCGUCCCGUACCCGUCCGUCGGCCGCGCCACCCGCCGCCGCAGGCAGACCAGGUGGGAGAGCGAGGAGGACGCGGCUCUUCGGCGCCAGCGCGAGGGGGAGGCCAGCACCAGCACCAGCGGCUACGGCGGCGGUCGCGACGACUCGGACGACGAGCAGCCGCCGCCUGCGUCCAAGAAGAGGAAGCCGUCGACCCUGGCGGAGCUGUACCGGGCGCCGCGCGAGCUGACGUACAGGGGCGGGUUCCACAGCGCCAAGGUGCACGCGGCGAGGCUGUCGCGUUGGCUCCUCGUGAACGUGCAGGCGGAGUACGGCGGCCGCGAGUUCGCGUCGCAUUUGCUGAACCGCGACGUGUGGGCGGACGAGACGGUGGCGAUGUACGUGCGGGACAACUUCGUGUUCUGGCAGGCCGACGAGGGAGACAGCGGCGGCGAGGGCAGCAAGGUCUGCUGCCACUACAAGCUCGACCGUGCCAAGCUGCCCGCCGUGCUCUUCGUCGACCCCGUCACCGGGCAGCUCAUGGAAAAGCUGCACCAUAUCACGGACCCGACCGACUUUCUCAUGGCCGCCGAGAAGUUCAUCGACUCGAAGUCGUUCAUAUCCACCACCACCAGAGCUAACAGAAUUACCUACCACCGCCUUACCGUGGUGGGCAAGGAGUUCGGCGGCCAAUGCGGGGUGGACGCGCUCUUCGCCUAUUGCCGGUCAGUCAUCGGCGUCGAGCAGCCGUUCCGGGUGAUGCGGAUGCCGGCGACGGCCGGCGCGAAGGAAGAAGUGCGCGAGGACAAGGACGUGUCGUUUGAGCAGCUGGGGCUUAACAUGUCCACGGUGUACGUGCUUCUAGACUAG